AUGAAUAGGGAGCCUAUGGGGCCUACGGGGUCUACAGCGCCCAGAUCAGGCAUCGCACUUGCGCCCGUUGACACAAAUUCCAGCGCCCGAUUCUCGGACGUUUCCGUGCAAAAACGCAAGUUCCCCGUGUACAUCGCGAUCAAUGAGUACAGCAAACGUAUGGAAGAUGAACUCGAUAUGAAACCAGGUGAUAAGAUCCAAGUAAUCACAGACGAUGAAGAAUACAACGACGGUUGGUUUUAUGGACGUAACUUGCGUACUGAUGAGGAGGGUUUGUAUCCAAGAGUGUUCACGCAAGAGAUCUCGACCCCGUCACUGAUGCGCGCCAAAUCUUCGAAAAGGGUGGCUAGUCCACUUGGAAGCGCCGCCAGCGGCGCCAGCGGUACCCCUGGCACUGCUGGCACCGGCCCUGGUGGGCUCCGUAUCGACAGCAGCACCAACGUUUCCGAAAUGUCUAAGGACGGAUCCUUUAGCGAACUACCCACCCCACAACCUCUAGAAACCGCUGCUCCCGUAAACCUUUUGUCCGGUCGCAAGUCACACAUCGAACGUAACAUAUCCGUCAAAACCACUCUUAGCGAUAUAGACCGUGCUUUGGAAGAAUUCAAGGGCGAAUCGAUGCUUGACGUGUCGCAGCAAAAUUCAGCGGAUUUUACCGUCGCUAAUACGACUACUACGAUGACCGAGUCGGAACUAUCACGUGGCGCCUCACAUGUACCCAACUCGAUGUCGACACACUCGCUUACCAAUGACACGUCUUUUGGUAUUUCGCACAUUAACGGUGUCGAUACGCGAGAGUUGGACAUCGCCAACGCAUUGGGCUGGAGCCCCGAACAAGUGACUGCGUAUUUCAUUUGUUCUGGGUUUGACGUUGAAUCUUCCAGCCGAUUUCAACAACAUAAAAUAUCGGGUGCGAUUCUUUUGGAAUUGGAACUGAAUCAUCUCAAAGAACUCGAAAUAAAUUCCUUUGGCACCAGGUUUGAAAUUUUCAAAGAGAUAGAGGCCAUUAAGGAACUUCUGUUUUCGAAAAAAACCACCAAAAGGUCAAAUCAGUUGAUGCCCGCCGCUGCGGUCAACCAGAGGUCGUACAUGGGCCACAUGCGCAAAACUUCGCAAUCCCUGGACGAAUUGCCCUCGAAAUCUACCCCACCAGCUUCAAAGGACUCUGUGCUAUCUACUGGAACCACUGCGGGAUCCAGAGCUAGACCUUUAUCUUUAGCUUUAAACUCAAACGCUGAAACCAGUUCAGAUUCGAACGAUCAAGUGUUCCUGUCUCCUCGCAAACCUCCUAAACCACCUGCUUAUCCAUCACCGGUACAACCACCUAAAUCUCCUAUGGCAAACAAUUUCACACCUAGUCCUUCAACGUCCAAUUUCGCUCAAAGCUACAAAAAUCAUCCUCCAACUAUAUAUGAACGAGUGGCGAGAUAUGAUAAGAGUUCUGCAUCUCCCGAGGGCUUGCAAACCCCACGGUAUCAAUUCCCUAAGACGUCUCCGCCACAACCGUUAAGUGCCUCGACGGCAGGACACGGCAGUUCUGCAGAGCGUGACCCAGCAAUCUCUAGAAGUCCUGCCAAUAUCACCGGUAACAGAAGCUCUGUGGUGUACUCAGAACAAAGUGGACACAGGAAAAACAGAUCAGGCGGUUCUUUUGUAGACCUUUUCCAGAGAGUCUCCAUGCUUUCGCCUCCUAAUGACGAUACCUUUAAACCUACCGACAACGGUUUCGUAUUUGAAAAUCGGUCUCAAAGACCAUCUUCAAGCGUUUACGAGCACUCAAGAACGGCGUCGCCGCAUCAUAUAAGACAGCCGUCUCAGGUUUCGAAUUCAGAUGUUAAAAAGCAUAGAAGAAACUCAUCAAUAUUGUCCUUUUUCUCGGGCAAACAAGAUGAGAUGGCUAGACCUUCUUCACCGAACAAGAAGGGUCACUCUCAGCAAGGCUCUUACUCUCACAGCAGAAAGGGCUCGGCUCAUUCUCCUUCCAAAAGACACUCCGUUAUUGCUGCUGCUACGGCCAUGAAGGCUUCUGUUCCAAUUGCAGAAUCACCCGAGGCAGAUGGCAAAAGAAGGUCCGUUAGUGCCAAGGAGCCCGGAACUGUUGAACGUGCCACAGAGGGAGAUGUUUUUGUAGAUGCCAAAGAGGAGGUUUUGGAAGAUACCAAUGCGAAACGCUCUGUCAGCGAGGCGACCAAAUCCAAAGCGUCUCGUACUAUCAAACCUACGGCAAGAAAGCAUAAUACGUCUGCGUUUAUGGAAGGUAUAAGGACAAUAUCGGUGAAAGAUGCCAUGAUAGAAUCCAAUUGCUCCGGAUGGAUGAGUAAAAAAGGUUCAGGCGCCAUGGGAGUCUGGAAAAACAGAUUUUUCACUUUACAUGGGACUCGUCUUUCAUAUUUCUCCAAUACCACAGACACUCGAGAGCGCGGACUGAUAGAUAUUACUGCUCACAGAGUACUUCCCGCCAAAGACGACGACAAAUUUGUCGCACUUUAUGCCGCAAGUACGGGGAAAGGCCGCUACUGUUUCAAGCUUUUACCACCUCAACCUGGUUCCAAGAAGGGUUUGACGUUUACGCAACCUCGCGUUCAUUAUUUUGCUGUUGAUACUAAAGACGAGAUGAGGGCAUGGAUGGCGGCUCUGAUUAAAGCCACCAUAGAUAUUGAUACCAGCGUUCCCAUUAUAAGUUCAUGUGCUACUCCUACCGUGUCGCUAACCAAGGCACAAGAACUAUUAACCCAGGCUCGUGAGGAAACACGUAUGAGAGAAGAGCAAAGAUUUUUGAACGAAGAAGAUGAGGAUCAACUUCUUUGGGAGCAGCAACAACGGGGCGAUUUUGGUGCUCAUGAAAAUAACACGGACACAUCGACACCGGGUUCUUCAAUACAGCAUAAUACUUCGGGUGGUUUUCAGAGCCCGUAUUUGCUAGCAUCAGGAGUUCUAUCUCCUAAUUUGGGAAAAGGGAAUGGCCGUAUGCCUGAUCAAAGCCCUGGGGAUUAUUUCGGCGUUGAUACAAAAUAUCUCGAUCAUAGAAUAUGA